AUGCGCGCUCACUAUCUCGUCGCUGGCUUGAUCGGCCUCGCUGGUCUUGCCUUCGCCGCUCCUACUCCCGAGUCCACUGCCGUCUCCCUCAUCCCGACCUCCCAGCCGUCCUCGAUCGCCACACCCGACUCCCUUCCCCGAUGCAACAUGGCUGAGCCUGCCAACCAGUGGCUCAUGACCAUCUGUGGUAGCCACGGCUCCGCUUCCACCAUCCCCAACACCUGGCCUGGCGUCUGCGGUGUACUCACCGGCGGCGUUGCGUAUGAAGUCACUUCCACGGCUCAGGUCCCUGAGCUCAUGUGUAAAUUCUACGAUGACAGCAACUUCUGCAACAGCGACUUUCUCAUUGCUACGAUCAUGCAUCAUGAACAGAUUCCCCCCCAUCUUGGGAAGAGGAUCAAGUAUGUUCAGUGCGGUGCGGCGCCGACUUCAUCAGGCAGUGGUGGGCUUGAGGUGAGGGAUGAUGAUGCUUCUCCGGUCCUGGAAGCAGAAGACAUCAAGCACGCCGAGGCAGAUGACGCUCUUCCCAUCCACGACCUCAACCCCACCCAACCCGAAGACACUUCAUCUUGGUCCCCAUCCCCCUGUAUGAACCCCGGAUCGGACUCCUACUUCUUGAUCGUGUGUGGCGGUGGCAACGCCAACUGGAUCCCCAACAAUUGGAUGAACGCGUGUGUGCGGCUGUCCGAUACCGUCGGGCACCACGUUGGUACUGUUAUUCAGAACGCGCACAUCAUGUGCAAGUAUUACGACGACAGUAACGAGUGCAAUAGCGACUUUAAAGCGUACUCCAACAAUCUUUCAGAGGACAUCGAGCUCUUUUCGUAUCCACCCCAGGUCGGAAACCAGCUCAAGUAUGUCAUGUGCAAGCAGGGUCAGUGGCGCAGGGGUGUUGCAUCUUCCUCCGCCUGUAUGAACCCCGAUGCGAGCCACUACUUCUUGUCCAUCUGCGGCAAUGGCAACGCCAACAACAUCCCCAACAAUUGGAUGAACGCAUGUGUGUCGCUGACCAGUACUGUUGGGUACCACGUCGAAACUCUUACUCAGAAUGCGCGCAUCACGUGCAGGUACUACGACGACAGCAACGAGUGCAAUGGCAACAUCGAAGGGUCCUCCACUACUUAUGAGAAAGAGGAGAGCUUUACGAUUCCACCCGAUGCUGGAAACCGGAUCAAGUAUGUCAUGUGCAAGAUUGGUCAGUGGCGCAGGGACGUUGGUGGGAUUGAAGCUCGAGAGGUCGAUGUUCCUUCCUCAUCGGAAAUCUUUGUCGCUCCGGAAAUCGUAGUCGCUCCAGACACCGAUGUCUCGCCAAGCACCGAUGUCUUACCGGCCUGGGCCUGCAUGAACCCGUCCCCAGAUAACCAAUACUUGGUUGUCUGCAGCCAUGGCGUAGGCCAACUCAUGCAAAAAAAGCUCUUGGGUAACUGUCUGAAGCUAAACAGCGAUAUCGCGUAUAACGUCGAUUCUUUCAUUCAAGAUCCAGGUCUGAGGUGUAAAUUCUACAACGACCGCCACUCAGACUGCAAAGGCGAACCCAUUUACACCGCUCAAACUCUGGAUAAGCAACACCUCUUCAAGAUCGAUGCGAAGUACGGCACUAGGUUCAAGUAUGUUUGGUGUCACAAGGGCGACCACCAACUGAGUGAUGUUCCUGCGCUCGAAGCUCGAGUAGCGGAUACGUCUCUCGAGGCGCCAUCUUUCGCGGUCGAGGAACCGUCCGGGCUCAUCGCGCGACUCAUCAGCGAUACCGGCUACGCCUUUGAGUAUCAAGAGAACUUCGCUGGGCUCUGCAUCAAACUCCCGGACACGGUAUCUCGUCAUUUGACGCACGCAGCCUUGGUCGAUCAUACCCUCUGCAGGUUCUACGAGAGCGGCUGCUUUACUCUUUUCAAGCCUCUCUUCACUGCAAAGAGCGAGGCCCCCUACACCAAAGUUCCUGUGCCAUCGGAUGUCAGCAAGAAAAUCACCCACGCUGUCUGCGGGCCUUCGACUGCCCCACACAAUGAGAUCGAUGCGCGAGCGGAUGCUACACCUCUCGAAGCUAGCCCGGCGGCCGCUUCCGAAACAACGGCAUCUUGGGAGUACAUAGCGAGGAUCUUCAGCCCCACAAGCGACUUUGCUAUCAUGAGCGACCGCGACCGAUCCUGCCUUAAGUUCGAAGGCCCUUUCUCUCAUAAUGUUACCAAGGUGAACAUUGGAGCUCACACUCUCUGCGUGUUCUACGACAACGACUGCAGUCUAGUCAAGUACCCCGUCUUCACCGUUUCAAGCACCACGGAGCAGUUUGUCAGUCGAGACGUGCCAGCAGAUGUUUCCAAGAACAUUACUCACGUCAUUUGCGGAUUCAAAAACCAUGAUGCGAUCGAGACACGAGCGGAUGCUACAACGGCAUAUUCGGGAACCCUUGCGAGAAUCUUCAGCAGCACGAGUCGUCAUGCUAUCCUCAGGGAAAACAGCCGAGCCUGCGUUAUGUUAAGAGAUCGUGUUGCCAACAGUGUUACCAGUGUAACUGUUGCAGCUCACACUCUCUGCGUGUUCUACGACAAUGAUUGCACCCUAGCUGUAUACCCCGUCUUCAGCGUUUCGACCGAUAAGGAGCAAUUCACCACUCGAGACGUGCCAGGGGAUGUUGGCAAGAAGAUCACCCACGUCCUUUGCGGAAAGAAAGAUGGUUAUGCCGACGUCAAUGCGCGAGCGGAUGAUUCAUCUCUCGAACCAGCAGCCCAGAAGACGAAGAUGGCCCGAGUCCUCAGCGAUACAGCCGACUUGUACAUCUACGACGACAACGAUGCGGAUUGCGUUGCGCUCAGCAAGCAUGUGGCUAAUGACGUUGUCGGAGUACAGUUGGAAGCCAACAUUCUCUGCGUGUUUUACACCAAUGCCUGCAAUAUCGCCAAGUUCCCGAUUUUCCGCGCUUCUAAUGUUGGGCCCGGUACCUUGCAUGUGGAUAUCCCGGGGUAUACUGGUCGCGACAUUUCACACGUCGCUUGUGGGAAGAAGCAUACUCUUGAUGCUGAAAUCAAUGCGUGGGCGGCUACUACACCGAUUGUCGAUGCCCGAGCGGAAACUACACCCACUGUUGAUGCGCAGGCGGUUACUACACCCAUUGUCGACAGCACAGUACUGACGACUUUACACUUGGAGGGUCCAGAAAUCGCCAGGGUAUUCAGCAAGACUGCCAUGUUUGGCAUCAACGAUGAGGACGCCAAUACCUGCAACCCACUUGGCGACUCCAUUGCGAAUGAUCUUUUCGCCGUGGCCGUACACGAAAACGUCCUCUGCAGGUUCUGGGAGAAUAGCUGCGACGUAGCCAAGGAUCCUCUGUACCAGCUUCACUCGAACAAGGGGGAUGUUGCUUCUAAAGUGCCUUCAGACAUUGGCAAGCAGCUUACUCAUUUCAUGUGCAUGCGUACUGAGCCUCAAGCUGCAAUCUUUACGCCAGAAGAACUAGAAAUUCUGGCUGACAUUGGAUACAUGGCCUUUUUCUUCAGCAGCACCUCCCAGCUUGGUAUCAACGAUUGGGACGCCAAGAAGUGCAUCCCGCUUGGCGACUCUGUUGCGCAUGAUCUCUUCGCUGUGGCUGUCCCCCAGAACGUCUCCUGCUCGUUCUACAAGGAUGGCUGCGAUGUAUCCAAGAGCCCCAUUUUUCUUGUUGCGUCGAACCAGGGGGGUGGUGGCAUCCACGACGUGCCCUCGGAGAUUGGCAAGAGCCUUACUCACGUCAUUUGUAUGCGUGUGUAUACACAGCCCCACGCCGAGAUCAUUGCGCGAGAGGAAGGUUCUCGGUCCAAUGUAGCUCUCAUCACUUCCGCGGCCUCGGCAGACAACACACCGGAUCCAGCUACCGACUUGACCAAUACCCAGAUCCAAUACCCCAGGGACGGAUAUAGCCCCGUGGACCUCCCAGUCGGCGAUCUAUUCACCUGCUCUUAUGAGCAAACCGAUAGCUGCUGGAUCAUGGAUGCACUCAACGAUUGCUUAGAAUUCCCUACGAACACCGCCCACAACGUCAUGAUCCUCGAGCAGGCUAAGGGGACGUAUUGUUGGUACUACAACAAGCCUGGGUGCAAGGAUAGUGAUGAGGUUUUCCAUCACACAUCGGCGCCAGGAAAUCCGACUGCAUUCAUUGGGACCUUCUUCAAGGAUCUCGCGAGUGUGGUGUGCGGAGGUCCCGGUGUGACAUCUGAGCUGGAAGUCAUUCCCCACGACCAUGCUAUCGAAAAGGUCACCGCCGUAGACAGGCCCAUCUACGCCGACGAUAUCACCAAGCGCGAUUCUCUCCCCACGGACUCGGCACCUUCAUGGACACUUCCUAGAGUCAUCCGAGUGGGCGAAGUAUUCGCCUGCUCCGAAGACUUUGCCUCCGGCUGCUGGUACAUCAACGCCCAAAAUAAAUGCACGGAUUUUCCGGCCCAGGUCGCCCACAAGUCCCAAUUCAUCAUGCAGGCCAAGGGUACAUGGUGCAAGUAUUACCUCGAAGCCGGCUGCUCACACGAAGCGUGGCAGUACGUAUCGUCUCCCACGGAUCACACUACGUUUGGGGUCAAGACCAACCUGGUCGCGAGCGUGGAGUGUCAAGCUUCUAAGGCGACUGCGAACGAGGUCACCAAGCGCGACUGGCCCCCAGGCUCAACAACAGUCUGCCACCAAGCGCACUACCAGUUCUGCACCGACAACGCCAUCAACGCUAUUCAGCAAUGCGCCAACUUUGCUCCCGCGGAUCAGGGCCCCAUCUCGAUCAUCCAGUAUGGCGGCGCGUACUGUAAGUGGUACCGCGACUUUGGCUGUGGAGGUGGAGAGGACAAGUCGCCUAUGAGCAUUGAUUCUAGGGGUGGAGAGCAGUGGAUUGAUGACUUGAGCGUGGAGAACAGGUUCAAGAGCGUCAAGUGUGAGACGUUCCAGUGGUAG